GUUUGUCACUUACACAUUGGCCAGGCUGGCAUCCAGCUGGGAAACGCCGCCUGGGAACUUUACCUGCUUGAGCAUGGUCUGAAGCCUGAUGGAUGUAUCGAUCCUGAGGCUACUGAUGAGGAGGCGAAGAGCGGCUCUUAUGAGACUUUCUUCACUGAGACCUCCAACGGCAAAUAUGUGCCCCGUUCUGUCUUCGUCGAUCUUGACCCCUCCACUAUUGACGAGAUUCGCUCCGGCACUUACCGUGAUCUUUUUCGUCCCCUGCAGCUAAUCAGUGGAAAGGAAGAUGCUGCAAACAACUAUGCCCGUGGCCAUUACACCGUUGGCAGAGACCUUUCUGGAGCUGUGAUCGACAGCGUUCGUCAUAUUGCCGAAAACUGUGAUUCCUUGCAGGGCUUCUUGAUCUUCCACUCCUUCGGUGGUGGCACGGGCUCUGGGUUUGGUUCGCUGUUGCUGGAUCAUCUCACCAACAUGUAUGGACGCAAGUCCAAGCUGGAAUUCUCGAUCUACCCUUCGCCGCGUACAGCCACGGCUGUCGUGGAGCCCUACAACGCCGUCCUGUCUACUCACAGUACCAUCGAGGAUUCCGACUGCACUUUCUUGGUGGACAACGAGGCUGUGUAUGACCUCUGCCGCCGCAGCUUGGACAUCCCGCGUCCUAGCUACGAGCACCUGAACCGACUCAUCGCGCAGGUGGUGAGCUCAAUCACCUCGAGCCUGCGCUUUGAUGGUGCGCUCAAUGUCGAUCUGGCCGAGUUCCAGACCAAUCUUGUCCCGUACCCGCGAAUUCACUAUCCUCUGAUUUCGUACGCUCCGGUGAUCGGCAACAGAAGCAGCUCUCACGAGAGCUUCAAGGUGCAGGACCUCACUUUCCAGUGUUUCGAGCCUCAAAACCAGAUGGUCAACUGCGAUCCACGGAAGGGCAAGUACAUGGCGGUGGCCCUUCUUUACAAGGGCGAUGUUGUUCCCCAUGACUGCACCAAGGCUGUCCAAGCUCUCAAAGCCAAAGGCACCUUCAGUCUGGUCGAGUGGUGUCCGACUGGGUUCAAACUUGGCAUCAACUAUCAGAAGCCUGUGCGUCGUCCCGACGAUGAACUUGCAGCAGUCGAUCGUUCACUCAGUAUGCUGUCCAACACGACUGCCAUCGCGGAGGCCUGGAGCCGUCUCGAUCACAAUUUCGACCUCAUGUACUCCAAGCGUGCAUUCGUCCACUGGUAUGUCGGCGAAGGGAUGGAAGAGGGAGAGUUCUCUGAAGCGCGUGAGGAUCUCGCGGCUCUGGAAAAGGACUACGAAGAGGUUGCUGAAGAGAGCGGGCCGGCGGAAGGAGGCGCUGAAUACUGA